AUGACAGCUCAACAAAAAGAAGCCCAAAUUUUAUUGGAGUUAUAUAAUUUGCACCUAUUGGAAAGAGUUUUUUCUUACAUUGAAAUAGGAGAUCUUGUUCAACUACUUUCUGAGAACGGACAAAAGUUGUUACAGCAAAAUCCAAAACUCGAAUCUGUUGUUGUCCUUAAAUUAAAAGGGGAAGAGGAAAUACAUUAUCAUUAUGAUCCAACCCAAACAAUUAGUCAAAAUCGUUUGACUGCAAGUCAAUUUCAAACUAUUGACUUUUAUUGUGUGGCUAAGAAAAUCAAAAUCUUUUGCCAAGUGUCAUAUAAAAUCCUGGACUUGAGAGAUGUGCAGGCGCUUUUAGUGUUGAUUCAGUCAUUAAGUGUAAGUGAUACAGUAAAACUCGGUGUGGAAUUGCGCUUUGAAGAGUCUAUGCCCUACAAGGUAGAUUUGCCUCAAUUACUUGCCUCAUUCAAACAUAUAAAAGAGCGCAUAAGCUCCUUCUUUAUGUACCAGUAUGGUUCGACACAAAAUUCGUUAAACUUGCACUAUUUUCAAAAUAUUGAAUCUUUUGUAAUUAGAAACUGCAAAAUCGAAGGUUCCUUCCGAGGGUGUUGCAAAUUGAAAUCCCUUGAAUAUUACCCUGCAAUUGAAGAUGAAAAGCAAUUUAAUAUUCGAGACUUACCACUGUCACUAAAACAUCUUAAUUUAGGCCGCUGUCAUAUGUUAGGAGGUACUCUGGAAGUAGAGUCUUGGGAGGGCUGUCCGUCACUUGAAGUUAUCAAACUAGAAUGCGUUCGAGGAUUUGACUCUGAUGGAUUACCUCACGUUAUAUCUAAUAUCGUUAAAUACAUGACGUGCUCUGGCACUAAGCUUAUUGAGUUUUGGGGAGGCGACUUGGAAGAGAUACAUGUCCGAGAAUUCAUGAAGCUAUUGGGAGAUGCCGAGAAAAAAAAAAGGUUCAAUUUGGAACUCCUUUCAUUGGAACUAGAAAUGGUCCCUUUGACUGUGUAUCCAUUGAGGGAAUUGGAGCUUGUGGGUAUAGUCAAUAUGCAAUUUUUACUCCAACGAAAGUUUCCUUCUACUUUGAGAGUUUUGAAAGUUCCAAUGAUUGGAUUGAACAGCACCGCUACACUUUUUGAACUAAUACCAACAGGCAUUGAAGAGUUGGAGUUAAGGAGUAACUCAAUUAAUUGGGGCGUUUCGGAUUGCGACCUAUCAAAAUUUGCUGUGCUAAAAAAACUCAAUUUGUCCGACACCAGACUUGGAAAUUAUAUUGAGACACUUCUAUUCCCUGAUUCAUUGAAAGUUUUAAAUAUCAGUUAUAAUAAUAUUGACUCAGUUGAUAAAGUUGAUUUUCCCAUGGGCCUAGAGAUUUUAGAUGGUAGUUCUAAUAGAAUUAGCUCCGUUGAUAGGGUUAAUUUUCCGAACAAUUUAAAAGAUUUAAAUUUACUGCGGAACUGUAUCAAAAGGCUAUGCGUCCCACAUUUCCCAUCUUAUUUGAAACCACUUGAAGUUUCAGAUAAUUAUUUAGAGAGAAUUGAUAUCGCGCGUAAUAAUGAUAAUGUGCCACUACAAAUUGAAGCUGUGUCUAUUAACUCCAACAAAUGCUCAAUACUCGACUUUGACAGGGCUAAGCUACCGGCCAGCGUCAAAAUGUUGUCGUUUGGGGGCUAUAAGACAAAACUAAAUUUCUUUGAAUUUGGGAAAUUUGUUGUGUUUGCGAGUCUCAAAGGCAGCGAUUUAUCAAUAUCGGAAAGGUUGACUUUCAAUGCAAAUUGCAAUUGCAGGUAUUUAGAUGUAAGUGCCUGCAAUUUGUCAAGCUUUGAUUUUGACUUACCAGGGACAAUGUUAGAAAUUGAUUUGUCUGAAAACAAACUAAAAGAAUUUCCCCUGCAGAUUGGCAAGUUGAAAUCUUUAAGAGUGUUAAACCUCUCAAAGAAUGAACUACCCGAGAUAAGGGUAGAACUUCCCAAUGCCAUUGAGUUCCUUGACCUUUCAAAAAACCGCAUCAGAGAGCUUCAAUUGUCAUUUGCUAAAGGGCCCUCUAAGCUUCAACUACUCAACUUGCGCCAAAACCAAUUGAAAGAAUUCUCAAUGGAAAAAAUAGGUCAUGGGAAGAAAUCGUUUCAUGAUUGCUUGUUAGAGAUUAAUCUAUAUGACAAUAAUUGUAUUACAAAGGAAAAAAUUGAUGCUUUGAUUUUAGAAUUACCUAAGUCCACCAAAUGCUUGUGGUGGAAUCGCACUUUUACUCUGGCCUCGAUAUAUAACGAUGAAUACGUCGAUCGAUACGCUUUGAAUGAGCUAAACGGGAACGUGAUCAGCUCGAUGAGAGUUGACAAAAUGUUGAAAUUGAGUAAGAUCAUAAAAUAUGAGAAUACUUAA